UUCGUACUCUUGACUUGAUUCUAUGGAGGCAAGAUCACAAUUAUAAUACAACACAUAUACUAAAAUAACGAGAGUGUAUUGAGUGUUAAUAAUUAUAAAUAGUUAGUUAUAUUAUUUAAAUGAUAAAUGUUAACACACAGCAAUGGCAUGUUUUAUAAUAUAUAAAAAUAUAUAAAUACAAUAAUUACUGUAAAAGUUAGUGUACCAUUUAAAAGGAGUUAUUAAACAAUUUAAAAUGUCAUAUCCUGGACAACCGCCAAUGGGUAUACCUGGUAUGCCACCAAUGCCAUACAUGGUUGGAGCUCCACCGCCUAUGCUUGGCGGUGUAAUGCCGAUGCCACAUAUGAUACCAACACCGGUAUCUGCAAUGCAGACAUCAGCACCAGCAGUUCGUUAUACAAGAAAUCAACAACCUCAGCCGCCGCAACAGCAACCGCAGCCUCCUCGACCAGAAGCACCAAAACGUCGUGAACGUGAAACUGGUCCACCAGUGACUGUUUUCGUGGGUAAUAUAAUGGAUCGUGCACCGGAUAUUAUGAUAAGACAAAUAUUGGGUGCUUGUGGUCAUGUAUUAUCAUGGAAACGUGUACAAGCUUUUGGAUUUUGUGAGUAUGCUGGUCCAGAUGCUGGUUUACGUGCAGUACGACUGCUACAUGACAUGGAAAUUGGUACCAAACGUUUAGUAGUUAAAGUUGACGCUAAAACAAAAGUUGUACUCGAUCAAUUCAAAGCUGAGAGAAGAAAAAAAUUGAAAGGUGGACAAUCGCCGUUACAAGACGAAACUCCCAGUGAAACUGCUGAUGGUGAUGACAGUGAUGAUUACAUGGAUGAAGGAAUGCGUGUUGUUGAUCAAGAUGCAUUAACCCGUAUCACUCAGGUUAUUAAAGAACAUGCCACAGAAAUUGAAUCAGCACAAGCUGCCAGUGACGCACGAAAGUUAGAGGACUUAUCAAAAGCUAAAGGAUUAAAUCUCGAUGAUGCCGAAAUUGAAGAAAGUAAACGAGACUUGAUAACACGUGAGAUUGGAAAGUUCAGAGAAGUCAUGAAGAAACAAGAGGAGGAAAAGGCUCAGGUUAAACGAAAACGUGAAGCUGUUGAGAAAGAGGAACGUGAAAAACGUGAAAGAGAAAGAAAAGAUAGGAGAGGUGGGGCUGGUGAUGAUGACGUUAGAGAAGAACGUGAUGGUGAUUUUGGAAGCCCGGUGUCACAUAAAGCUCAUAAUGAUCGAAGGGACAAACGUCGAUCUAAAUCUAGGUCUAAGGAACGUGAUAGAGAACGUGACCGAAUGCGAAAUGACAGAAAUCGCGAUCACAAUCGUGAUCGUGAGAGAGAACGUGAUCGCGAUCGCGAACGGGAUAGAGACAAUAGGGGUGACAGGAUUGACAGGGAUCGUGAACGUGACCGUGAACGUGAACGCGAGCGUGAUAAGGACCGAGACAGAGAUCGCGAACGUGAUAGAGAACGUGAAAGAGAGGAAGUCCGUAAGAGUGAACGUGAGAUAUUGCGUGAGCACGAGGAAGAGGAAGAGGCUAAGGAGCGUAAGAAGAAUGAGAGGCGGGCAAGAGAAAAAGAAGCCGCGUAUCAAGAGCGACUGCGUGCUUGGGAAACACGCGAGCGUCGUAAGCAAAAGGAAUAUGAAAAAGAGUUGGAUAAAAAACGCGCUAAGCGCGAGGCGAGGGAAAAAGAAGCCACACGAUUGAAAGAAUUUUUGGAGGAUUAUGAUGAUGAUCGUGAUGAUUCAAAGUACUACAAGGGUAAAGAACUAUCACGGCGUCUUGAGGAACGAGCUUUGGAAGCUGAAGCUGACUCACGCGACCGUUGUGCCGAACGUCAAGAACUUCAACGUCUCAGGGAUAAACUUUAUGCUGACGCUUCUCAUCCUGAUCCAGCUGCCGAGUUUGAGCGACUCAAAGCUGAAAGAGAAGAACAGUAUAAACCGAAACCAAUUAUUACAAUAAUUGAUGAAGAUGACGAAAAAAUAGAAAAAGAUAAAGAAGCACCGAUGCCUCCUAUUGAAACAGAACCAAUAGACAGUGACAGUGAUGAUGAAAUACAAUUUGAAGAAGCGCCACAACCAGAACCUUCGAGAACUCCACCACGUCAUCACCAUCACCACCGACGGCAUCAUCGUCAUCAUCAAAAUCAUCAUCGUGAUUCUGAUAACAUGGACGGAAUGUCGUCCGAACAGAUGAGAGACAAACGUACUUGUUCGCCGAGUAUUCAAACUAUUGGUACACCGACACAGCCACCGCCUUCACAUGAUGAAGACUCGCGGAUGUCAUUAGUCAGUGAACCUGAAAAAACAAGUGGUAGUAAUUUUGUGCCGUUUGCUAUGGGCGGAAGUGGUAAUAGAAAUUCAGAUCAUAAUACUUCUGGUAAUAAAACACCAACAAGUCCUAAUUCGGGUAAUAAUAUACAACAAAGUAGCCAACAAUCUAAAAAGAAAACACGUAUGGAUGUUAAAGAUGUUUUUAAUAAUGAUGACGAUGAUGACGGAACGAAUAAUUCGAAAAAACGUAAACUUGUACCUCUAGAUUACGGCGAUGACAAGAAGAAAAAAGGUAGCGAUGAUUCAAGUAAAGGAGGUAAAGAAGAAAGCACAAAAAGUCAAGAAGAAAAAAGAAAACAUAUUAAAUCUCUUAUUGAUAAAAUACCCACUGAUAAAAAUGCCUUAUUUGGGUAUCAACUUGAUUGGGCAGUUAUAGAUAAUACUCUUAUGGAAAAAAGAAUACGUCCUUGGAUAAAUAAAAAAAUAAUUGAGUAUAUCGGUGAACCUGAGCCAACAUUAGUUGAUUUUAUUUGCAGCAAAGUGAUGGCUGGCAGCUCACCACAGGGUAUUCUCGAUGAUGUACAAAUGGUAUUAGAUGAAGAAGCUGAAGUGUUUGUUGUGAAAAUGUGGAGGUUAUUAAUAUAUGAAGUUGAAGCUAAAAAAAUGGGUUUAGUGAAAUAAAUCAAUGAAUUGUAAAAAAGAAAAAAAAACAUUCAAUAACUAAAAAAAUUGAAGAUGAAAUUAAAUUACUCCUGACUCUCUGGAUUUAUAUACUGACGAAAUGUUUUUCUUGUACGAUGUAAUAACUAGACACUAUAUACAUAUAGAAAUUAAAACAAAACAAAAAAAAUUAUAAGAAAACAA